GGUGGAAGAAGGAUCGCUUUUCUGUUUCUAGUUUCUGUUUAUAGUUACAAAUGUGUUCAUGUACUACUGCCAUAAAUAUUUAAGAACAAAUAAUUUAGUGUAUCUGUCUAUUACUAGGUAUAGAUAAUACUGUAAUUACUGUAAAGUAGGAAUACCCAGAAAUCUUCAUGCAGAGCUACCGAGGUCGAAAGCCAAGCGGUUCGGCAGCCACCGGUACCUUAUUGCCACAGGAGAGCGGUAGUACUCCGGUAGCAGUACCUCCCGGUGCCGCGCAGCCUUCCGCAUCUAGGCCCAGUUCGCAGCCUACGUCCGUACCGAUGCCAGUGCAGCAACAACCUAUGGCCCCAAUGCCUUUCUACGCUGACCCAAACAGAUUUCCCACACCAGUAUGGCAGGCAGACCCAACGCAAGGGUGGCCGCAAAGCCAGUUUAUCCAACAAAUCCCUCCAACCGGACAACCUAUAGAGACCUACCAGCAAUACCCGAACGGUAUCUACCAAGCCACCUACCAACCCGCAUUCGAAGCGAAUACCUUCUACUCGGGGGCAGUGCAAGUUUUGGCCAACCCCAGACCAUCUAGUACUCCUAUCCAGCAAGUACAGCUGGCACCACCGCGACCGAAUUCCAAUUACUCACACACUCCCAGCCCUAGUCCAGUGCAGCAGCAACAACAGCAGCAGCAACCUAACAACAGUAGGCAGUACCAGGAGUACAACAUUGCUCAACAAGGGAACCAGUCCCAACAGAACUUCAUCCCUCCUGCUACCACCCCUACCGCUAACGAAUCAUCACAAAACGGCAAUACCUCGAGACCUGGGUCCGUCAACAACAUUGGCAACCCUCCUACUCCCAAUCAGAAUUUCGCUCAACAAAUACCUCAAACUGCCCAACAGCAACAAGUCAACCACCAGCAGCAGCAACAACAACAGCAGCAGCAGCAACAACAGCAACAGCAAGCAUUCACCACAAUAAGCAAUUUCAGCCCGAAUUCCGCCACGAAUUACGUGAACGCAAGUUCGGGAAACGGUCAGCCUGGGUACCCGCAAGUGAACGCCAGCAGUCCGCAGGUAGUUUCACACAACUCUAGUGGUUACCCAGGCCAGGACCAGUACGGCGGACAGGAGCAUCAGGAGUGGCAGAACGAAGGGCAAAUCAUGUGGGAACAGCAGCACAUGAAAGUCGAACCGGACUACGAACACCAGGAGCACUACAUGCAACAAGUGUCGCACUCGCCGAACAAGAUGGAGGAGACGCAGCCGGCUAAGACGUUCUCGCAAGCCGACAAGGUGAAUCUCAAUACGCGAAUCAAAACGAUGAUACUCAACAAGCAACAGCAAGACAACAAGUUGGAGGAGAACAAAGCAGCUGAACAAAACACUACCGGUCAUUUUUUAUGGUUUAGCCACCAUCAACACUUAGCAAAGCAAUUAGGUGCUGAUGGUGGCUCCCACAAAAAUCCCGAUUUUUACAGUACAAAGAACGAAGACUCGAGCGCUGCCUUCAAUAAAUAUAGUCAGAUCAACUCUUUGAAACAAUACAGGCAUAGAGUUGGCCAGAAAAUGCACAAUGAAAGUCAACCUCACAACCAUUUAUAUCAAUCACAGCAGCCAAUUCCAAACCGAUAUCAAGAUAAUUCUGGUGACGUACAAAGUCCGUCUCCUAAGUCGGAAGUCGGCUCAACGCAGCACUGCAAUUAUCUAGAACCACGUGUGAACAAACAAUACAUUGAGCUCAAGUCUCGACAUGAAUCCGCACAAUCAAGACAAUAUCAAGUUAGAGAUGAGAAGGCUACUGUACUCAACAGCGACUUCAUCAAAUUCGAAACCGAACACUACCAGCGCUUGGUGGACGAGGAAAAUAAGAAACACGAAAACUCCCAAAAGAAACCACCGGGUACCAUCCUCAACAGCGACUUCAUAAAAUUUGAAACGGCGAAUUACCAGCGCCUGCUAGAGGAACAAGUGAAGAACGCCGAGACCGUCCGACCGCGAAUAUCGAAACACAUCCAGCCUUCAUCCAUGGACUGCGCAUGCGUGCUGCCGCCAGAUUCGUCCUCGGAAUCGGGGGUGUUUUACACUCAUCUGGGGUGCGCCGCUAGUGCGGGGAGUCUUAGGAGGGACUUGGAGGACAGGACUGGCGUUAAAGGAGGCGCGAUACGGAUUAUGAGGGUGCGGCAUACUCGCAAAGAGGGCAGGACUGUGCAGGGCUGCCCUGUUGCCAAAUGGAUUGUCCGUCGACAAAACACUGAGGAAAAGUACCUGGUCCUAGUCAAACAUCGCAAAGGCCACUCUUGCCAUGCCGCAUUCAUAGUGAUAUGCCUUGUAGCCUGGGACGGAGUAGCAAGGAACAGCGCCGAUGACCUCUACUCAUUCCUUGCAGAAAAACUCAACAAGUUUGGUCUCCCGACAGAGCGCAGGUACGUGUGGCAGGAACGAAACCCGGACCUGCGCUUGCCAGGGCGUCGAAGAGGCCAAUUCGGGCGCCAGCUUCACCUUCGGCUGCUCCUGGUCCAUGUUCUACAACGGCUGCAAGUGGAAGAAAAACUUCAAGACCUCGCCGACCACCUCAGUCCCAUCUACGCAUGUCUAGCGCCCCAGUCUUUCGCCAAUCAAACGCGCCACGAGCACGUGGCCGCCGACUGCCGCUUGGGCAGCAAACCGGGCCGCCCCUUCUCCGGCGUCACCGCCUGCCUGGAUUUCUGCGCGCACGCUCACAAGGACCAGCACAACAUGGUCGACGGGUGCACGGCGGUGGUGACACUGACCAGGCACAGAGGGCAGGCGAGGGCGGUAGAUGAGCAGCUGCACGUGCUGCCCAUGUACGUGGCGGAGGGGGAAGAAGAGGACGAUGGUGGGGAGGGUGGGCGACAAGGUGGUGUAGAGGUGUUGGACAGGUUUUAUAGCGAGGUCAGAACGUGUUCAGUCGCCGGCGAGUCGCCAAGUCGAAGAAAAGCCACGAAAACGUCAGGAGGCAAAAGAGGCAGACCUCGCAAGGACCUCACAAGCGACACCGUGCCCAGACCACCGAGUGCCCCAUCUGGAGGCAAGAGGGGCCGCCCGAGAAAAGUGCCCACCCCCCAACCUGCUUCCCCUUCCACCACCUCCCCUAGGCCGGAGAUACAGAGCGGCCAAGUGUCCAGCACGGUCUCUGGCUAUCCGAAGAAGCCAUGGGGCUACGAUUAUUCCUCAGACAGCAGCAACUCCUCCUUCUCCAUGUUGAACGACAGCUAUCCGUCUAGUCCGUCCCCUAGUCUGCCGCAGUUCUCUGUUUUCAAAACGCCGAUGACACCCAUGAGCAACCAUUACUCGCAAAUGGGCUACCUCAGGAACGAGAGCGAUUCCCCGGAUAAUUACGAUCCCAGCUACUACUAUUUCCUGCCAAGCACUUCUUCCACUCCCCAUCCGCAGGCUUACAAAGUGAGCAAUCCCUUCGACGAUUCGUAUACCCCGGCCUCUGGAGAUUGCACGCCUCGGCCGAAAGAGCAGACUGUGAACAUCAGCUAUUCAGACAAUGAGGAAUGUUUCCGAGAUAGCGAGAUAGGUGGCGUGGCUAUUUCCUUGCCGCACGGCAGCGUUUUGUUCGAGUGCGCUAAGCACGAGGUGCACGCGACAACUGCCUUGAAAACACCGGAUAGAACGUCUCCAACAAGGAUUUCUCUUGUGUUUUAUCAGCACAAGAGCAUGAACAAGGCCCAGCACGGUUUCUAUGAGAACCAGGAAAAGGCCAGGCUCAAGUCCGAGAUGAAUAGUUCGUUGAAGUUGGAGAGAUCCGAUAUGGAUUCCGGUGGUUUCGGAAGUUGUUUGGAUGAUGUUCGUUUGCGGGCGCCUACGUUGCCUACCCAUUCAUGGACUACUACGAUUCCGAUGUUUCCGUGUGUUGUAUCAGGUCCGUUUCAGGAACAAUCGUCUCAGAUAGAUUUGGAAGACUAGGAUAUUCUUCUGAAAAUUUGAUGAUAUGCCUUAUAGAUCUUAACAUCUUGAUUAUAUAGGGUGGUUAAAUUUUUGUUUCAAACUAAACUUUCCUUACUAUAGGUCGUAUAGGUAACAUGUUUAGAAAUACUUUUUUUUGGUGCUAAGAUCUCACAGGUAGCUAUUGAAUUUUCAGAAGAUGUUGCCGAAAUCUUUUUCCAAUUACAAGUUCACAGCGAUUUCAAACCUAGAAGAUAAUCAGUGUUCUAUAGUCGAGGUAAAAACCAUGGUUACCCAACAGUACUUUCAAUUGCCAUAAAUUCGAAAAAAAAAAAACGUUUUAGUCCCCUACUAGUCCAAUACCCGGAAGAAUGUGGUGAAAAUGAAACAGGUGAAGAUAAAAUACUGUAGGCACCAAUAGAUUUAUGUGGUUCUCUUUAAUGGAUAGCCCUCUACAUAAUGCUUCAAUAUCUCUUUUAAACUGGACAAAAACAAUUAGUGAUAUCAAUUCAACUUCGAAUGAAAGUGCUCAAAAAAACUGAAUAACUCGAAUUUUGGAUCAAGUUGUCAUGGAUUUUUUAAAAAAUAUAUCUGAUUUUCAAUCAGAAAGCAGCAUCCGAAGGUUGUUUUUUCUUCAUCAAAAUCCGUUGCUCAAUACUUAUAGUUUUCCAGUUAUAUCAUACAGAGUGAUGAAGAAUAAGGCUCACAAGAACACAUUUUGGUUCAUCCAUAUUUCACAGAAAUUGUGAAUUUUUCUGAAAAUUAUCUUCUUCGAAUCUUCCAAUUUUCGCCUUCUUAUGAAAUUGUCAUAGUGGAUAUUGAAGCAAUGAUUAUUCAUACACAAAAAGGUAAAAUAAGAAAGGUGAAAUCGUCUGUUACAAUCAUUUGUACAGAGUUAUCCUUAUCAUUUUUUUAUGAAAGAAAACGAACAAUAUGCGGAAGUUGAAUGCCGCAAAGAUAUCUUUCCACAGCCUUAUCAAAAGUUUUACAGGGUGAUCGCUGAAACGUGACAAACCACAAAUAAUUUUCUUAAAUGGAAUACCCUUUUUUAUAUAUUUUUUUCAGAAUCUAUGAUUUUUUGUGAAGUGUUGUGGAAAAGGCCUCAUUGUCGUAUUCAACUUCCGCAUAAUCGUUUCUUCUUAUUGAUGAAAAUAUGACGUUAAUAUAUGGGUGUACCUUUUUGAUGAAUAACCCUGUACAAAUGGUGUGCUACGAUGAAAGUUCUGGAAUAUAAUCUCGAAUUAUGUAAAAACUUGACGCCAAUUUAAUAAAAUCUCAAAAUUUCUAGAAAAAAUACCUCGAAAUUUUUUUUUGCCCUAUGUCGAAUAUCUAGUAGUAGAAGACAGAAAAACACAUUAUAAAAAACCGACAAUUUCAAAGAUGUUGGGUCACCUGGUAUGCCAUAGUCUGGACCUUCUUUUGCUGUCCAGAAAGACUGAAAAGGGACUUUGAACAGUUACUUUAGAUUACUCUCUGGGAACCGAUAUUACCGUCAUUUACCAUAAAACUUACAAAUGAUUACGUUCGUUAAAAAAUCCCAAAGUGUGAAUUCGCAUGCAAUCAUCUUUAUCAUAACCAGAACGAAGAUAUUUUCAUCAGUGCCUCUUGAUCUCUAAAUGAUAGUUAAACCAGUUGAAUCCAAAGUACAAAUAGAAUUAAACUUGUCAGAUACCAGUAAGUACCAAUGAUAUGGACAUUUACGAAAUAAAUAGUAAGAUUUUUCGAAUUGUUCAUUCACAAUCAACCCUUUUCCACAUCCGAAAAUAAAUCCACAUAUUUAUAUUGUUGCAUGAUAUAUUUAGAGUAUUUGUAGUGAAAAUAUUCUAAUGGUAUGUUUGUGUAAGAAUAAACUUUAUUUUUUUAAUUCGUCAAAAGUUUGGAAUGUUUCAUAAGUAUAUUGUAUAUUUUGAACCAUAUAUGAAUGGUUGAAAUAUUAAAAACGUUAAUCAUUCGUAUUAUCUCGAUAUUCAAAUUUUCUGUGUAAAAACUGAAAAACUAGAUAACUAGUCCACGAUUUUUGCCUUCGAAAAUAAUUCUCUUUGAAUGGAAAUAAGAUAUUUUUCAGAGCCCUAAGUAUAUAUACAUAGAUUUAAAUUUGGUUCACGUUGUCCAUGCUGGAUUACGACAUUCGGUAUUGUGUUCUUCAUUAAGAGGCCAUACUAUGUUGUAAAUGAUAUUAAUGUAUGCAUUUAACUUUUCUAGUUUUGAAAGUAUAUUUUUGACACGAGGAAAAAGAAAGUAUUUAUAAUGUUCUUAGAAUGCCUACAAAAUUAAAUUAUUGUAUAGUGUUUUAGUAUACCCAGUCACUUCUUCGAGAAUAUAAAUAUGUUAUGGAAGUAAAUGAUGCCAAAUAUUUAAAAUAGAUUUUUAGAAUGUAUUCCUUAUUUAUACGGUAAAUCUUCCAAGCCAACUAUGUGGCAGCCACAUUUUUUAAUGAUGUAAUGUAAUAUAAGUUACAUGUUUUUAUAGCACCUUAUUUAUUUAUUUAUUUAUUUGCCAUAUUCUUCUAUACUUUAUAGUUUGUAUUUUCUAAGCAAGGUCAUAAUUUCAUUUUGAUUUUCACAAAAUUUCAAAAUUCUAUAGUUUUACAUGUCAUGUCUGUGCAAUACACCUUCAACAGUAUUAUGUUAUUCAUGGUAGAAAAUACAAACUAUGAAGAUCCUGGAACCCAGUUAUAGUGAGUAUUGAAACAUGUAAAUAUUUUUUUACACAAUUCUAGUGAACGUAUUUUAGAAAACCGAAACCAAAAAAGCAAUCAUUGGAAUACUUGUGUAUAUAGUUCAGUUCUUGAGUAUAGAUACUUUCAUCAAUUUUUCCACAUCAUCAUAUACUUAAUGUUGAAAACGCACUUUUCUAAAUCCAACAAAAAUAAGCAAUAUUAAUUAAUUAAAUCCAUAUCAAACGAUGAAAGUAUCCACCUGAUGAAAAAUGUGUUUUAUUAAAAAUGAAAUACCUAACCAUUUGUAUUUUCAGUAAGUAGUAGUAGACUUUUUUAGUUUAGAUUUAAGAGAAAACCAAUUAGUGUCUGGUCUUGUGAAUACAUUUAUAU